UUGUUUGCGUCAUAACACCGGAAGUGCCAUCCGUAAGCAUGCUAGGUGGAUGUAUGCUAAUGUUGGCAACUGCAGCCACUCACAUUUAACAUUUGAGCUAAAUUGAAAAUGGAGUGAUUUUACACGGUUUUAAGGGAUUAUUUUAUGUGCACUAUUUAAAAUACCAACAUAUCUUAACUUGUACUUCAUUGCAAGAGUAAUGGAAGAUGCCGAAAACCAUGAGGAGCUCCUUGCAAAACAACAUCGCAAGGAAAAGAAAGACUUACAAGGCCAGAUCCAGAGCAUGAAAAAUGCCGUGCCAAAGAAUGAUAAGAAACGCAGGAAGCAGUUGUUGGAGGAUAUCACUAGGCUAGAGGCAGAGCUCAGUCAAAAACACGAAGAGGAACUCCGACAGCUCGCCAACAGCCCCGUCACAGCCGAGGUUGAACAAGUUGUUAAUGGAAUAGAAUCCAUUGGUUUGGAUAAAGAAGAGCAAAACGAUGGCAAACAGAGUCGCAGCUCUAAAGCACAGAAAAGACGGGAAAAGAAGGUGGCCAUGGAGAAGGAGCGAGAGGCACGCAUAGCUGAGGCGGAGGUGGAGAAUCUCCAGGGCUCUCGGCACCAGGAGGGCCUGAAGCUCCGGCAGAAGCUGGCUGAGCGGCGUCUUCAGAUCCGGGAGAUCCAGUCGGACGGACACUGCAUGUAUCGUGCCAUUGAUGACCAGCUGGCUACUAGAGGGCAGGGCGUGGGGCUGAAGGAGCUGCGUACACAGACUGCCAAGUACAUGAGGUGCCACGCUGAUGACUUCCUGCCUUUCCUCACCAACACCAACACCGGGGACAUGUUCACAGCCGAUGAGUUUGAGAAGUACUGUAGUGACGUGGAAGACACAGCUGCCUGGGGAGGACAGCUAGAGUUGCGGGCGCUCACAGAGGCCCUGCAGUUACCCAUAGAGAUCUUCCAAGCCGAUGCUCCUUUGAUAACGAUAGGGGACGAACACAAGAAGCCACCAGUCGUCCUUGUCUAUAUGAGACAUGCGUUUGGACUUGGAGAACACUACAACUCUGUGGAAGCUUUGAAAGAAUUGGCAAAUGAGGAGGAGGGCUGAAGGUUCCUGUGCCCAGGGAGGUCUCCUGCCUGCUUUUGCUGUCCACUGAAGGGCUACCUGUUGCCUGAGCCACUAUUCCAUAGAGGAUAUCAGUUGCAAGGUGUCAGGAAGUUCUGCCAAGAAAAAAAAGACUUGUCCAAAACAGCAGUGGAUAAGAUAAAGAAGUGCUUCUUCAUAUUGCAGAGUGCUCUUGAGCUCUAGUCUCAGCAGUUUAGAUGUUUGUUGGCUUGAUGUUCACAUUUGUCCUCUAUGUUGGAGCGUAUUGAAGCCAUGUUUUCAUUGAAGAUGGCACUAAUUGAGGAUAAGAGUGAAGUGAACUGAUUUUUUACAGUACAUUUUGCCUGUCUGUUGGUUUUAAGUAACCACUUUGUUCGGUUUCAAGUCCCCAAAAAUAUGGGGAAUGGAUUUAUGUGAUGUAAAUUCAUUAAGUGUCUGUAGGCCUAAUGGAAUGCUUAACGUAUUUGCCAUGCAUAAGAGGGAAACUAGUGUUUGGCUUCAAUAAAAAGAGCAUUCAGCAACCUGUCAAAAA